UUAUCACAUUCAACUUUGUGGAAAAAUGAUUUGAAUAGCAUGUUCAUUAAAUGGUGAACUUUAGAUAAAAAGGGUGAAAUCAACUUCACCUACAACCAAUCACUCUUCUGCUUCCCCAAGGACCACUAACAUAUUUCAGGUAAAAUUUUAAGUGACUAAGAAACUGACACUCAAAUAUGUUAUCUGCGUAUUUGCAACUCACCUCAUUCUAAAAAAAAAAAAACUAUGAAACAAAUAGUUUUUGUUUUGAAACUACAACACUGAGCUAGACAAAAAAAAAUCUUUAUAGUAUUAAAAGGCCAUAAAUAAUUUAAAGACAAGAUCGAUAUGACUUAGAUAAGUCUGAAGGAAGGGAAGAUUGCCACCAUCAACAACCAAGACCAAAGUCUAAUAAAGAAUGGGACCAGAAAGGUCAAAUGACGUGUCCUUUCUAUUGUAAUUUAUUUUUUGAGAUCUUCUUGGAACUAAGGAUUGAACCCAGAGAGGCUUUACCUCGGAGCCACGACAACCCCCGCCCUUUUUUUUUUUUUAAUUUCGAGACAGGGUCUCAUGAAGUUGCAGAGGCUGGCUUUUAACUUACUGAUUUCUGAAAGGCUUUCCGGGCUUCUCGAGUCCUUUAGUCAUGGAAAAUCAACUGCUAAAUGAAAGGACCAAAAGGAUCCGCAAACUCCUGCUCCAUCCUCUGGCAGAAACUGCCGACAGUCGGCUCCGACAGCGCGCCUCCCGACACCUCCCCGGCGCGCCGCGACGGGAACGCGUCCACCAGCCAGUCCGCGCAGUCAGGGGUGUCCCGCGCAGCUUUACCCGAGACAGGGACCGGGAAGCAGGCCUUUCCCGUCAACCCUAACGCUAGUCCUCCGUAGAAGCCGCCGCCAAGUAGAAGGCAAAUUCCAGGACCAAGGAAUAAUCCCACUUAAUCAAUUCGCCAAGUUCUUGGCGCCAAACAGCCAUCAGAGUCCGUCCCCUACCGGAACUACACGAACGUAAUACAUAACCAUCCGCCUCGUUAAAUAGUCCCCCAGAACACCCACGACACACACUUUCCCGGAUCAAGAGACCUCUAGAAGACAUGAAAUAAUAAUAAUAAUAAAUAAAUGAGCCUAAGAGAUUCACUUCCUUCCCGCUCGAAUAGAAACGUGAUAUCCCUAAUGUUUUCCACCAGAGAUUCCUCCGCCAGAAGUUAUAUUCCUGCGCUUUCACUUCCGGGUCCGCCAUUUUGUUGCCUCCAUUUCUCCACGAGGGGGGGUAAGGGCCCCCAAAAUAUGCACACAUGAAAAGGCCAAAAAGUAACCGUCACUGACAGGGAGUCUUAGCUUCUGAAGGAAAUGGGGCCAAACUGGCGGGCUCGCUGAAAGUGGAGCCGACAGCGUCCCGGACGAGGAGGACGUGCUGUGGCGACCGUCGACGACGUCAUGCUUCUGGCCACCCGGGACGCGUUCCGUCGUCGCGUCCGACCGCCCAGCCCUGCUCCUAGCGUCUGUUUCCCACCUGCCUUGCUAGCGACGAGGAGCGGACGCCCGCCCUGUGCUUCCGUAAACCAAAGUAACUACUGAUCCUAGAGGGCUUCUGAGAGCGCCGGCACCGCAGCGCUCCGCGAGUCUGUUGAGAAGACCGAGGGGUCCCCAGUACUGAGGAGGCAAGCUCGGGCUCCGAAGACCCCAGCUCCGUGGGAAUGAAGCCAGAGCCUCUUAGCAGGGCGCAACUGAAGUCAGGCCUUAAGCAACCCGAGAGACCCUGUCUCAAAAUAAAUAAGUGCACUCCUGCAAUCCCACACCGCGAGGCCGAGGUAGGGGUCGGUAGUUCAAGGCCAGCCUCAGCAACUCGCUACCUGAAAAGUUUUGCUCUUAUGCAUAAAGAUGUCUUUGGUGGACUUGGGGAAGAGGUUGCUAGAAGCAGCAAGAAAAGGCCAAGAUGAUGAAGUGAGAACAUUAAUGGCAAACGGUGCCCCAUUUACCACAGACUGGCUUGGAACAUCACCCCUCCACCUUGCAGCCCAGUACGGUCAUUAUUCCACAGCAGAAGUGCUCCUUCGAGCAGGCGUUAGCAGGGAUGCCCGGACCAAAGUGGACAGGACCCCUUUGCACAUGGCGGCAGCUGAUGGACAUGCGCACAUCGUGGAACUGCUUGUUAGGAAUGGAGCAGAUGUGAAUGCCAAGGACAUGCUGAAGAUGACAGCUUUGCAUUGGGCCACAGAGCACCACCAUCGAGAUGUGGUAGAGUUACUUAUCAAAUAUGGAGCUGAUGUCCAUGCUUUCAGCAAAUUCGAUAAAUCUGCCUUUGACAUAGCCCUGGAGAAGAACAAUGCUGAGAUUUUGGUCAUCCUUCAGGAAGCAAUGCAGAAUCAGGGGAAUGCUCAUCCCGAGAGAGCAGACUCUGUGCCUAACCCUGUGACUGUGGCUGCCCCAUUCAUCUUCACCUCAGGAGAGGUUGUUAACCUUGCUAGCCUUGUUUCUUCAACCAACACCAAAACAACCUCAGGUGACCCCCAUGCCUCAACAGUACAAUUCUCAAAUUCUACCACCUCAGUGCUGGCCACCCUUGCAGCCCUUGCUGAGGCAUCAGCCCCCCUCUCCAAUUCACACAGAGCCACAGCCAAUUCAGAGGAAAUCGUGCAGGGAAAUUCUGUUGACUCAUCAAUCCAGCAAGUGGUGGGGAGUGGAGGCCAGAGAGUCAUCACCAUAGUAACUGAUGGAGUCCCUUUGGGUAAUAUCCAAACUGCAAUCCCUACUGGAGCCAUUGGCCAGCCAUUUAUUGUAACUAUGCAAGAUGGACAGCAAGUUCUAACUGUACCUGCUGGUCAGGUUGCAGAAGAGACUGUAAUUGAAGAGGAAGAAGAAGUAGAGAAGUUGCCACUGGCAAAGAAACCAAGGAUAGAAGAGAUGGCAAACAGUGUGGAGGAAGGCGAGGAAGGCAGAGAAAGAGAGUUACUACAGCAGCAACUCCAGGAGGCCAAUCGGAGAGCUCAGGAAUAUCGACACCAGCUCCUAAAGAAAGAGCAGGAGGCAGAACAGUACCGCCUCAAACUGGAGGCUAUGGCCCGGCAGCAGCCCAAUGGAGUUGAGUUCACCAUGGUGGAAGAGGUAGCUGAGGUAGAUGCCGUAGUAGUCACAGAGGGGGAGGUGGAAGAAAGAGAAACACAAGUGUCUAGGUCAGGGGGGACCACAGAGCCUCAUACUGGAGUUUCCAUGGAAACUGUUUCAUCUUAACAUAUAAGGGCCACAACUUGCCCUGUGUUCACCUUUUAAGAAGAAAAUACAGAGCACAAACAUUGUAUUAAAAUUAAGGAUGUCCUUAACAAGAAAACUAUAGCAGGGUACAAUGCUUGGGCCCAGGAAAACUGUAUGCAACUGGAAAAUUCGGAGCUGUAUUUAGGGAAUGCUUCUCCUGGGGAGCCAAGAGAGAAUAAGGACCAAGUUUCUCAGCUCACAUUGUUGCUUUAAGCAUACAGGUAAAGGUGAUAGAUGUUGUGUGUUGAUUUUUUUUUUAAUAACUGACUUUGUAUCAAAAGAUUUUAAGAUAAUACUCCUAGUGCAUAUACACCAAAAGCCUUUAGUAAUUAUACCAUCAAGUGACCUGAAAAUUUGCCUUAAAUUUAUAAAACUAAUUAGGAGGGAAUUUAGAAGCAAGCUUUGGGGAAGAGGAAAGGAAUAUAUUCCACUUCCAAAGGAGCAGGCACUCCCAUCUAUCCUGAGUUAAUAUCACUAGAAAAAAAAUUUUUUAAUUGCUUGAUAAAUCUGUGUCCAUAGCUCAGAUGCCAGUAUAAGAAAUUGAAACUGCUGGGGAUAUAGAUGUAGCUCAGUGGUAGAAUAGGUCCCUAGCAUGCCCCAAGUCCUGGGUUCAUCCCUAGCACCACAAAGAAAGGAUGAGAAAAAAAGAAUGAAACUGAAAUUGAAUUUUUAAAAACUGGAAAGGAAACUUGUAUGUGUAGAAGUUUACAUAAUACCUGAAUUCCCCAGUCUGUAUUUUGAGUGCUGGUAGGUGGCCUAAAAGAGGCUGACAGGGUUAUGGAACUCUUGUCUUGGGAUACUAACUUUGCACUGGCUGGAUUUUAUAAAAUUGCAAUCAGGAUCGUAAUCUGUUGUCCAUACAACUUGCUUCCAAACAUUAUUUAUGUAAUAUCAGGUUCAGACUCUUUAAUUUUAUAAAACUUUGUUGAAUUUGUGUCACUUAGGACACAUUUGCUUUUCUGUGGAGCUUAUGUCCUCUUAAGUGCAAAACAAAGGAGGGUGGCAAAGAGCAAUGCUGAUGAUGUAUAGUUUGUUUCCAUUUGAUUUAGGAUGAGUCAACUGCUCUGUUUUUGUAAGCCUGGACCUGCUACAGAGCUUUGUGCCUUACAGGUGUUCAGUGUAUGCUGACAAGGGAAUAACUAUCAGUGCCAUAAAUUACGGAACCAAAGAUUCUGGCUUGUUUACUUUCCUCUCUUUUCUCCCACUAUGCCUGCUCCCACUGCUCAGAGACUUUGGAAAGUGUUUCAUUGCUGGGUUUUCUUUGUGUGUCAUCAUGAAGUUUUUUUUUUU